CAGGCUCAGGUCGGUUCCUGCGUGGGAGGCGACGUGUCACGGCGGCGGCACCUGCUCGUGGCAGGGCGGAAGCACCCAGGAGAUGGAGGAACCUCCACGAUUCUUCAGCGAUAUUUUUGCAGAGAACCACGCCGAUCUGUCAUGGGUUCUCGACGGGUAAUAUUCUUGCCAUUUUCCCCUAGAGUUAAGGUAAUUGUAGGCUUGAUUUUGCAAAGGAAAUCAUACCCUAGUUCGUCCUGUUCAUAUUUGUGCCCCCUGUAUGUGUAGGAUGGAUCCUAAUUCGUCCUACAGGCUUGCUGUUCGAGUAGGCGCUUAUGUCAAAUUAACUGAUGAUGAUGGUCGUGAAUAUUGUAAGGCAUGCAACAUUCAAAAGAUUUUAGACAGGGAUAGCACAAACUGGAAUGAUUUGCUUCUUGAAAUUGCUACAGAAAUUAAGUUAGGCUCAAAACAAAAGUUGCGUGUCACCUAUUGGGAUAAUAUUAGUCGUAGCUAUGAAGAGAUUGCUUCUGACCAAAAAUUGCUUCAUGCAAUUGACAUGUAUUGGGAUAUAAGGAGGCUUUCAGUGCAAGUGCGUGUUAUAGGGAAAGACGAUAAGGAUCACAUACGUGAUAUUGGCCGGCUGGAGAGCAUGCCUUGUGUUUUGCAGGGAAGUAGUGAUGCCCCAGCCAACCAAACUAUUGCACAACCUUCACUUGAAACUGACUCAUCUCUUGUAGAGCCACCAGUUCAUCAAAUUACGGAAGUGGCUUGGGUGGAUGAUGACCUAGAGUACGUUGGUCUGAAUGAUGAGGAUCUAAUUUCUGAUUCAUCGGAGUUUGAACCAGAUAGUGAUGUAGACUAUGCUGGUUCAGAGGAUGAAUUAGUUGUUGAGGAUGCAUUGGGUUGUGAGACAAUUAUCCAUGUAACUGACUUGGAGAAUCCGAAAAUAGAAGUUGGUGUAACUUUUGGGAAUGGUGAUACUUUCAAGAAAGCUAUUAGGCAAUAUGCAAUAAAAGGUGAAUAUGAAAUUGCAGCUCCAUAUUCUGAGGCAACAAGGUAUAGAGGCUAUUGCAAAGCUGAACAGUGCAAGUGGCGUAUACAUGCUUCACAAUUGCAGGAUGGAAGGACUUGGGAGAUAAAGAAGAUGCCUUUUGAACACACUUGUCAAAGCACAGGGAAAGUUGAGAAGAACUGCAUGGCAACAAAUCAUUGGGUCAAGGAUCGAGUUCUAGAUUGGCUUGCAAAGGACAAUAAGAUUGGAGCUAAAGAAUUAAAGAAAAGGCUAGAGGAGCAGUAUCAUCUGAAAUUGUCAUACUGGGUAGUUUGGGAUGGAAGAAAGAAGGCUUUGGAGCAACUCAAAGGGAAGUGGGAUGAUAGUUUUGAGUGUAUUUUCAGUUUCAAGACAGAGGUGGAGAAGACCAAUCCAGGCAGUUUGGUAGACAUUGAAUAUGAGAAAGUUGGGAAGAAAAUGAGGUUUAUUAGAAUGUUUGUUGCGCUAAAGUCAUGUGUGGAUGGAUUUUUAAAUGGUUGCAGGCCUUUCCUUGGUGUGGACUCUACUCAUUUGACUGGGAAAUGGAAGGGUCAACUUGCAUCUGCUACUGCUAUUGAUGGGAACAAUUGGAUGUUUCCAGUGUGUCAUGGUGUGUUUGGAUCAGAGACAACUGACAAUUGGGAAUGGUUUUUUAGUAGGCUUCAUCAAGCAAUUGGAUCACCUCCAGGCCUAGUGAUCUCAACUGAUGCAGGCAAAGGAAUUGAUUCAGCUGUUACUAAAGUGUUCAAAAAUGGGGUUGAGCAUAGAGAGUGCAUGAGACACUUAGUUGCAAACUUCCAAAAGCGAUUUCGAGGUGAAGUCUUUGAGAAGCACUUGUGGCCAGCAUGUAGAGCUUAUCAAAAACACAGGUUUGAAGAGCACUACAAUCUAAUGUAUGAAGCAUGUCCUGAAGCCAUGAAGUGGAUACAUAAUACUCAUAAGCACCUGUGGACACGACACUUGUUCUCUGAAGCAAGCAAGUGUGACUAUGUCACAAAUAACAUAGCUGAAACAUUCAACAGCUGGGUUAGACAUGAGAAAUCCCUUCAUGUAGUUGAUCUUAUGGAUAGGAUAAGACAGAUGGAAAUGGAAAAAAUGUUCUUGAGAAGAAAAAUUGCAAAAAAGCUUGAAGGAAAGAUCCUACCUAAUGUCAUGAAGGAACUCAAUACAAGAAGCAGGGGGCUCAGAUAUGUGUGGAGGUAUUCACACAAAGAUGGUGGUACUGGUACUGAAAUUUUAGGUGAAGUUGAAGGUGUUACAAGGGAUCUAGUUCAUUGGAGGCAUACUGUUGAUCUUAAAGAGAGGACAUGCACAUGUAGGCGCUGGCAAGUUACUGGUCUUCCAUGUACACACGCCCUAUGUAUUAUCACCUCACUUCGGGGUCAUAAUAUAGAAGACUAUGUUCAUGAGUACUAUUCUGUGGCAAAGUUCAAGAAAGCCUAUGAAAAGUCUGUAAAACCAAUGACAGAUAGGAAUCAAUGGCCUAAGAUGGACCCUGGAUUCAAAUUGUGGCCCCCAAUUUUGAAAAGGGCAGCCGGUAGACCAAGGGAGAGAAGGUACAAAUCAGUUGCAGAAGGUGGCACUAGAAAGAGAUCCACAAGAUGCAAAAGGUGCAAACAGCUUGGCCACAUGGAAAAAACAUGCAAUGAAUAUGUUUAUGAAUCUGAUGCACCACCACCUGCCCCUCCAAAGCCAAAAAGAAAGAGAGCCAAGAAAAAUGUCACAGUGGUGCCAUCUAGUAGUGCUACUAAUCCAAUACAAGAACAACCUUCACUCGAUGAACCAUUUGCUACGCCAACAAGAACUAUCACUUCUGUUUCUACACCAAGCCCUAUGACAAGAAGUAUGUCAAGGAGGUUGCUGCAACAAAAUCCAUCUACACCAACCAGAGCUAUCACUCCUGUGCAAACACCUAGCCCUAUGACAAGGAGGUUGCUGGAAUUUGAAGCCUCCAUAGAGCCUGUUACCUGUGCAGCACUAUCUCCUGUAGGCUUCUUGGAGAAGGGAAAGGCAAAGAAGUUGAAGGUUGUCAGGUCUAAGAAAGAGUAGAGAGUGUCAGAUCAGUACCAUGUAUAGUUUUGGUAGCAUCAAGAUGCCAGAUGUGGCUUGAAUCUAUGAUUUCCUUUUGUUGAACCUGUUGAAGGACAGGGGUAUAUAUGUCUUUUAUAAAUGUAUUGAUACCUGUUUGAUGAGAAUAUGUUAUAAUA